AUAAAAUUUCGUGUAUCAUAAAGUUUUUCUUAACCCCUUACCGCAUCGCGGAUCAUAUAUAAACCAAGCCAUAUUUUCAUGAAUAUCUUCAAUUAGAAAAUGAAAACAGUUAGUUUUGUGUAUAGCGUAUCAAAUAUGUUCCAUUCCUCUGUCAUAAUAAUAUGAACACCGCCAUCUAUGAGUAACUCUACGAACUCGCCCAUCAUUCAACAUCGACGAACAGGUUGCUACUUGAGCGCGUCGGUUUCUGUUAUUUGAAAACUCCGAAAAAAAUAUAAAAUCUCUAGUUACCGCUAUUAGAUAAAUAUUAUAAAGAAGAAAAAUACUUAUAUAUUAUUGAUAAGGCAACCUGAUGGAAUAUGGAUCCUAGACGAUUUUACGGCGGUAUCCAUACGAUUCUCAAGGAUUUUCCGGACAGCAGUGCUGAUGAGGACCUAUCAGAUGACGAGCAACUAACGAAUAGAAGACGAAAGGUACUACCACCUCUCUGUAUUCCAGAAUCUGAGGAGUCUGACUCAGUUUCUGAUGAUAAUAUACCUUUAUCUCAUCUUGCUUCUUCGUCAACAAGGACUUCAAGGGCUGAAAAGCCUCGAUGGAGGGAUGGAUUUUUGGAAAGAGCUGAAACUGAUUUACAGUUUACUGGAGACAUUUCUUUGCCUCUAGAAAUCACAACGUUGAAUACCCCGUACCAGUUUUUCAAAUAUUUAUUCACGGACGACAUUUUUCUAUAUAUAUCUCAAGAAACUAAUAAAUAUGCAGUCGAAAAGCGACCAGAAAAGCCCAGUAAUAUUACUGUAAAAGAACUUGAACAGUUUAUUGGUAUUUGCCUUUACAUGUCGAUAGUUCAGUUACCCUCUACAAGAUUUUAUUGGAAUGAGGAUAUGGGGUACCCAAAAGUUAGUACAAUAAUGUCUUGUAAUCGUUUCGAAGAAAUCAAACGUUUUAUUCAUUUUAACGAUAAUUUGACACAAAUACCAAAAGGUCAGCCAGGACAUAACCCACUUCACAAAAUCCAACCAUUAUUGGAGCUUUUAAGGCAAAGAAUUUUGACAGUUCCUAAAGAACAGUAUAUGGCUGUUGAUGAACAAAUUAUACCUACCAAGAGCAGAUCAUCUAUGCGGCAGUACAACCCUAAGAAACCCCACAAAUGGGGCUACAAAAACUUUGUCCUUAGCGGCAGUUCAGGAUUUAGUUUUGAUUUUGAAAUAUAUACUGGAGCUCAGGGACCUGUACAAUCUGACACUAAUUUGCCAAAAAUAAGUACUAGCAGUGACGUCGUAGUUCGCCUUUCUAGGACAAUACCAGAAGGACUCAAUUACAAACUAUUCUUUGAUAACUGGUACACGUCACUACCCCUUUUGACGUACCUUAACAAAAAAGGUAUUUUACCAAUAGGCACCAUAAAAGCUAAUCGUAUCCCAGGCUACAAGGUUCCAGUUGAAAAAGAUUUAAAAAAAAAAGGCCGAGGAACUACUGUAGAAAAAUUGACCACAAUUGACAACACUGAUAUAUCAGUAGUGACCUGGUACGACAACAGAGUUGUGAACUUAGCUUCAACUUAUGUUGGCAGCAAACCAUCAUCUGAAGUUCGACGUUUCAAUAAAAAAGAAAAAACAUAUCAAAAUGUAUCAUGUCCAAAGGCAGUCACGGUUUAUAAUAGACAUAUGGGUGGCGUGGACUUAUUAGACGCUCUUCUUGGCUAUUAUAGAAUUCAGAUUAGAUCGAAAAAGUUCUACCACCGCAUAUUUUUCCAUAUGAUUGAUAUGAUGACAGUUAAUGCGUGGUUGUUAUACAGGAGAACUUUAGCGGAUUCAGACCCAUAUUUACCUUUCAGCCGACUUCAAAUGCGCAGUAGCUGA